GCGUACAGAUCUACAGUAAAGUUGUUGGCAACCUUUGUUUAUCUGCUGCCUGAAGCAUCUCGUUGAAUUCACGUUGCAAUAAUACAUUUAUUUGGUUCGCCGCAAGAGAUGGCUUCAGGCUACCGAAAACCCAACACCACUUCCAGCCAGCGGAAGAAGACAGGUCCUAAACCAGACCUGACCGAGGAACAAAAGCAGGAGAUCAGAGAAGCUUUUGACUUGUUUGAUACAGAUGGCUCUGGCACAAUUGAUGUGAAGGAACUCAAGGUUGCCAUGCGCGCCCUUGGGUUUGAACCAAAGAAAGAAGAGAUCAAGAAGAUGAUUGCAGACAUUGACAAGGAGGGCUCUGGGACUAUUGAUUUUAAUGACUUCCUCAGUAUGAUGACACAGAAAAUGAGUGAAAAAGACUCAAAAGAAGAAAUCUUGAAGGCUUUUCGGUUAUUUGAUGACGAUGGGACAGGCAAAAUUUCCUUCAAAAAUCUCAAAAGAGUUGCCAAGGAGCUGGGUGAAAACCUCACAGAUGAGGAAUUGCAGGAAAUGAUCGACGAAGCGGACCGCGAUGGAGAUGGAGAGGUAAACGAGCAGGAGUUUCUGAGGAUAAUGAAGAAGACCAGUCUGUAUUAAAUGUCAUAGUUAUACCACUGAACGAUUAUUUACCACUGCUGGAACAGUCCAUGUACUCGGAGAUAACCUUUUGCAUUUUUUUUUAAGGUAGUAUUUAGUGGCUUUUUAUAUGGGUUGUAAAUUAUUUUAGUAGAUCUAUACAGUGAUUUUGUAUGAUAUGAAAAUAAUAAAAUAUAUUUAGUAGAACUAAUAAAUGUCAAUUAAAUC